CUUUUCCCUCUCUCCGCACCGCACCUCUCCUCCCCACUCCCACCCACCAACCCUCGAACCCAUUCAAUUGUGUCACGAGAGUGUCACGAGAGGGGACACCCAUAUACUCAUCAACAUGCGAUCCCUCAUCUCAGCCCUCUACCGGAACGCCGCAUCCUUGCGACCCGCCUCACGAACCGCAACCACAACCGCCUCAACCUCUUCCUCCUCCUCCUCCUCCCUCCGUCGCACCCCCCGAACGAACGCCAUCUUCUUCCAGCCCAAACCCCUCAACUCAAUCUGCACCAGAUGUCGCAUACAGCAACAAACCCGAUCCUACAGCAAUCAAUUAGCCGAUGAUCCCGCCUGGCUCUCCGUCGUCGAUAAUCCCGCGAAGAUCGUCCGGACCGGAAACAAGCAUGGGCCCGGAUUGAUUAUCCUAGCCUUAAUCCCCAUCAUCUCCUUCGGCCUGGGAACCUGGCAAAUCUACCGCCUGGACCGGAAGACCAAGAUGAUCGCCACGUUCGAAGACCGCCUCGUGAAAGACCCGCUGCCGCUGCCGCCGCGGAUCGACCCGGCCGCGAUCUCCGAGUUCGACUACCGCCGCGUCUACACGGUGGGCCGCUUCCGGCACGACCAGGAGAUGCUGGUGGGGCCGCGGAUGCACGACGGCACGGACGGGUUCUUCGUGGUGACGCCGCUGGAGCGCGGCGAGGGCCAGUCGACCAUCCUCGUGAACCGGGGGUGGAUCUCGCGGAAGCAGAAAGACCAGAAGGUGCGGGAUCAGGAGGGGGCGCUGCCGCGCGGCGACGUCGUGGUGGAGGGACUGCUGCGCGAGCCGUGGAAGAAGAACAUGUUCACGCCGGAGAAUGUGCCCCAGGAGGGCAAGUUCUACUUUCCUGAUAUUCAGCAGAUGGCGGAGUUGACGGGUAGUCAGCCCGUUUGGAUUGAGCAGACUAUGGUGCCGGAUCUGGUUGAGUCCUAUAAUCGGGAGGCUAAGGGUAUUCCUAUCGGUCGUGCCGCCGAGGUUAACUUGCGCAAUAACCACAGCCAGUAUAUCUUCACAUGGUACGGCUUGUCGCUGGCAACGACCAUCAUGUUCUGGAUGAUCGUUCGCAAAAGACCGAACGAGGCCACUCGUCGUGUCCGGUUGAAUCGUAACUGGUAGGUCUGUUCCGGGGGUCGAUCUGCACCUUCCAGGGGCAUGUCGCGUGGGGCUUGUAUGUUAAGAAAGAUUUAUGUAUAUGUACCGACCAUUCAUGGUGGCAUCGCCAAUCUCAUAUCCUG